AUGUCCAAACUGAUACCUACGCUGUUCCUCCACUACAAUCUCGAGCUUGCAGACCAGGAUGCCGAGUGGACAGAGAACUGGUUCGUGAUGCAGCAAGGCGUCAACGUACGCCUCAGCAAGCGCGCUGUGCCAUCUUAA